AAUCCAAAGAAACGUCGCCAAGCAGAUACAACUUGCACCAGUUUGUCGUUUCUCUCUUCACAAGGGAAAAAAAAGCGCUCAGCUCAUCGGUCGAUCUCCAUGGCCGCCUCUUCGUCCUCAUCGCUAUCGGAGUCUUCAUCGUCUUCAGCUCACCGGGACCGUAAGCGUCCUCGGCGCAACCGCAAAGACAAAGAUAAGGACUCUCUCAAGAUCCGCAAGAAGAGCCGCUCUCGCACCAAACGUCGUCGUAGCCGUCAUUCAUCGUCCGACAGCUAUUCUUCUUCCUCAUCAUCCGAAGAUUACAGUUCUUCAGACAGUGAGCGUGAAGCAGUCAGCAGUUCAAAAAGACACAUACAUAAAGAUAGAGGCACAAAGAAGAAGGAUAAAGAGAAAGGGAAAAGUCACCGGCAAAAACGUCGUAAGAAUAAAAUUAAAGAGAAGCAGCAGGUGGAAAGUAGUGGCCCUGUGCAGCUCUCUAAGUUUUUAGGUCGUGACAAAGAUGAUGGGGUCCGUCGGAGUGCUGUCUCUGGAAAAAAGAUUCUCUUGAAGCUAGACAAGACAAAGGAGGAUAAGGAAGCAGAGAGUAAACGAAAUGAAUUACUCAAAUUCCUGAAUGCAAGUUAUGAUUGAUUAUUGAAGCCUAAAAGUUGGUGUUAGUUUCCCGCGCGUCCAAGCAAAUGUUGAAGCAAUAUAUCAUCAAGUAUCAGUGUUCUCAUUGUAUACAGAACUUGGAUCAUUUUGCCUUUAUUGGUGAUGGGUGUUGGUUGAAUUCAGCGUCCAGUUGUUCAAUGCCAUGCUUCUGCAUUUCUGCUGCUACCAGUGUGGGAAGUAUGUGAAAGCACCAUAGCAUUAAGCUCUCAUAUAUGGUUUUACAAUACCAUACAAUGUAAUGUUAAAUUAUUGAAGUGUUUUGGCUGAUCAUUGGUGACCUUUAUGGGACGAAACCACCCUUGUUUUCUGAGGAUAACUAACUUACAAACUGAACUCUCUCUAAUUUCAGACACCAUAUCUCGAUUUUUGAUACAUCCUUAUAUUUGACUAGUACAAAUU